CCUAGACCGGGCAGGCCUGCGUCCCUUCCUGGUGUGGUGACGGGGGCAUGCACCGGGGACUGCACAGGGUUACUGGUGUGGCUCUGGGAACAGCGAUCUGGCACUAUGGGGCCACUGGGCCCCAAAGGCUUCCCCAAGCUGAAGAACGACACUUUCCUGCGCGCGGCGCGCGGGGAGGAGACGGAGCACACCCCGGUGUGGUGCAUGCGGCAGGCGGGGCGCUACCUGCCAGAGUUUCGGGAGACACGGGCGACACAGGAUUUCUUUGCCACUUGCCGGAGCCCCAAAGUGUGCUGUGAGCUGACGUUGCAGCCGCUAAGACGAUUCCCCCUGGAUGCUGCCAUCAUCUUCUCUGACAUCUUGGUGGUUCCCCAGGCACUGGGCAUGGAGGUUGUCAUGGUCCCUGGCAAAGGACCCACGUUCACAGAGCCCCUGAAGGAGGUGGARGAUCUGCUGAAACUGAGACAGAAGGUGGACGUGACCGCGGAGUUAGGUUAUGUCUUCCAGGCCAUCACACUGACACGACACAGCCUGGAGGGCAAGGUGCCCCUCAUCGGCUUCUCAGGGGCACCAUGGACCCUCAUGUCCUACAUGAUUGAAGGUGGUGGCUCCUCUACAAUGGCCAAGGCCAAGAGCUGGCUCUACCGUCACCCCGAGGCGAGCCACCGGCUACUGCGGCUGCUGGCUGAUGUCAUCAUUGACUACCUGGUGGGACAGGUGGCUGCUGGAGCGCAGGCGCUCCAGCUGUUUGAAUCCCAUGCYGGGCACCUGGGCCCAGACAUGUUUCAGAACUUUGCCCUGCCUUACAUCCGAGACAUUGCCCAGGCUGUCAAGAGCAAGCUGAAGGAGGAGGCACUGCCCCUGGUGCCCAUGAUCAUCUUUGCCAAGGAUGCGCACUAUGCCUUGCGUGACCUGGCCCAUGCUGGUUAUGAGGUGGUCGGCCUCGACUGGACCAUCCGGCCCCAGGAAGCUCGUGCUCAGAUAGGAAAAGAUGUCACCCUGCAAGGGAACCUGGAUCCUUGUGCUCUCUAUGCACCCAAGGAGAAGAUUGGCGAGCUGGUGAAGAAGAUGCUGGAGGAAUUUGGGACACAACGCUAUAUUGCCAACCUGGGCCAUGGUCUCUACCCUGACAUGAACCCUGAACAUGUGGGUGCCUUUGUGGAGGCCGUGCACGCUCAUUCCCGUCACAUCAACAAGCACAGCUGAGCCUGGGACCCUGGGGACAGGACUCUGGUUUGGGCACAGUCACCCCUGUGUUGUUGGAAGGCUCACCCCAGGCUGGGCUGCAGCAUUAAACCAGCACCUUCUCCACAGCAGCCGUGUGGCUCUGGCUGGGGGSAUGGGGAACUGGACAGCCCUGAAGGAGGGGGGCAGUCAUGGCACACUGCUGGAGGAGCACAUGAGGUCAGGGGAGCCCCUGAGCUGUAUCCUGCAGGUCAGGAUAGGGAAACAGGGAUGGCAGUGAACUGGGGGAGGAUGCUUCUCCCUGCCAGGCUGCAGUGUAUGUGCUGACAACAGAGGAUGUGAGCUUAGAGCACAACAGGCAUCUCCUGACAAUGGAUGUGCUCAGCCCUGUUAGGGAGGGUGGGCUGCCUGAAGCUGGCAGUCACGGCCUGGGAGCUUGGGGCUCACAGCCCACCACUGGCUCAGGUGCGAAUGAGCAACAUGACAUCAACCCAGGGUAGCCCCAAGGGGCUGGGAAACCCAGCAGGAUAUCCCUGGGGGAUAUCUGGCAAAGUGGCAGGACAACCUCUGACACUGCACCCUACCACACUGGCUGGGAUGGCAACAAAAUCACCAURGCCCUCCAAUUCCCAAAGCCUCUUUAGGACCAUUCCCCUGGUCCUGCAGUGUUCCCCCAUGCACGCCUCCCUAUCUCCUCAGAUCCUCAGGGUCAAGCUUGCCUGGGGCUCAGCAAACCCUGCAAAAAGUAGCUCAGGAACACUGAGUUACAACUCCCUGCCACUCCAUCCCACACUCCAGUACACUCACUGUGGUUCAGGUUGGCUGCAGGGUGGAUCAAGACAUGAGCAGCAAUGCUGCCCUGGACAGGGCAUGGACAGGGCAGUGCCUCCAACAUGGGCAAGGACCUGCUAACACCGUGUGUGGCAGCGAAUUGCACCCAAAAGCARCCAGAGUGCCUUGUCCCUGCUCUGUCCCCCUCCUUGGGGCACAGGAGCUGGGUACCACMGGGGACUGUGACACUGCUCUGCAGAAGUGUGGUGACCCUCUGACUUCAGAGAAAGGCAGGAGAGACAAAGGCAGUAACGUUCAUCCCUUUUAUUAUUAAACAU